ACCCGCAUAUAUUGCCAGAAGGCCUGAACCAUUUUUUUGAAUUGAUUUAAGAAACGAAGCAAAUUGCUGGGAAGGAGAGAAGAAGAUGCUAAGAGAAUGAGACGGUCGAAGCAAGCGGUGGUGGGUGUCAGCAGUCGCGUGUCAACGCUCCAUCAACGCCUUUAUGAUGCACUCAAUCUCGGUCACUUCGUUAGAUGGGGUGAUGAUAAACGACAAAAAUGGCAUUGCACGGAUAUUGAAACUCAGAAGCUUGUCCUCCGUGCAAUCGAUGCGUUUCUUGAUUGCGUAUCCAGCGAGUCUUUGUCCCAACAUCCUCUUGUAAAGGAGUCAGUUGAUGAUAUUGUCGGAGCUUUGGGAAGCAUUCUGGAAUUAAAAAGUGAAUCCCUACUGAAAAUGGCCUCAGACGUGGCUGCAAAGAUGGUCAAACUUUUACCAAGUUCGGUGCUGCAAGCACAUGUUCCCCAUCUAGUACACCACUUAUUAUCAUUGUUAUCUAACCGACAGUUACAUGUGUCCAUUUCAUGUGCAACUGCCUUGAAUUGCAUUUUAUACAAUCUGAGUACUAAAAGAGAGAAGGAAGUUGGGGAGAUCUUGAAAGAAGGAAAUACAGUUUUUGUUCUUGUAAUGAAUGUGAAGGAUUUUUCUGUUGGUGAUAAACCAACCGCGUACUUUCACGAAAUGGCUCUUCUAUUGAGUAGAAUCUUAUGGCGUUGGCCACCUUCUAGGUUCUGUGUGUGGAGUGAUUCAAAAUUUUUGGAUGUGUUAGAAAUUCACAAACUCAAUCCUGAAAGCUCCUUGAAAGCUGCGCUCUUGCAGUUAUAUUCUAGUUUAGCUCUAUGUGGUAAUGGGGCUAAGAAGCUCCUAGAAAACAGAAAAAGCCUUCUAAAUUUAAUGGUGGAGAGCAUGAGCAGCCCAGAUACUCAUUCAGUCCAGAUGGAUGGAUUCAGACUUGCCCAAUGUCUAAUGAUAAAUGAAGGACCAUGUCAAGAAGUGGUGAAAAUGUGUGGUGAACAUGUAGUUAAAGCCAUAGUUACUGGAAUGAAUAGCAGUUGUUUAAGUUCUGGAAAGCUUCCAAAAGAUCAGAUGUCAUUGGCAGUGGAAGCUUGUCGUUUGGCUCUGAUCACUCGUUGGGUGGGGAAUCAUCACAGUUACUUUUGGAAAGCUGGAGUUGGUAGAGCUCUACUUGGUCUUCUUCUAACCGAUUUUUGGAGAAUUCACCAAUCUCUGCAUGGUGUGCCACUGCAAGAACAGUUACUGAUAUUGCAAGAGGCUCUCAAUGAAAGUUCUCUUCCUUCACUGAGACCAUACAUUUGGGAUAUUCUAGGAGGGCUUGUAGCAAAUAGUGCAGAAGAUUUCGCCCCCGUGGUGCAUGAAGAUAUACUUGAACUCAAAGCCCUAAUUGCAUGUGCAUGCCUUGCCUUUACAGAAUCUAUAAAUAUGGCACGACAGAUCUCUCAAAGCAAAAUCACCAACACAAUUGGGAGUGAAUCAGCCUCAAGAGCAGUUCUGAUGAUGGUUUAUUCCCCUUGCAAGUAUAUUGCCUCCCAAGCCAGGUCCAUUCUAUCUGAAGUAUUGAACCUGGAUGGCAAGAACUACAUUGAGUACUUGGUGAAUACCCUGAAUGAUACAUCCUGCAGAAAUAAGGUUCUAAGACCAGGUAACUUUCAAGUUGUCAUUAGCUUGAUAAGUUUGGCUUGUUACGCCAGUCUGCCAAGAUAUGGGAAGAUGGUUAUUGAUCAUCAAGGGAUGCAGAGUCUGUUGAUCUUUGUGAAGUGUUGGUUAAGCAACCCAGUAUACAUAAAAAGGUCAAAUUUGGCACCUCAUCUCCACAAUUCUUACAGUGAAAGAGUUUGUUGCCAUCCUUGUGUGGAAGAUUGGGAAGGUAAAGACAUGCAAUUGCUUUUUAGUCUGUGGGCCUUGGCUGGAUUGGUACACAAGUUUGCCUCUCAUGCUGGUUUCUUAAAAGUUAAACUGGAGUUUGACGAAUCCCAGAUAGUUAGGGAACUUGAGGAGAUCUGCAUUAAUCAUUCUACUCCUGGACCAAGAUGGUAUGCUGCUUAUAUUCUUAGUCAUUUUGGGAUAUAUGGCUUCCCCAACAAAUGUGGAAAAAGAAUUUGGAAAGCAUUCUUGGACAAUGAACUUGCUGAUUUAGAACUCAUUCUAAGUGACCAAUCUUCGUUGUGUGUGAAUGAAGUCAUUCUUUCAGUUCGGUGUCCGAAUUUACUGCCUGUGCAAGGACCGAAGCUUAAAGAGAAAUCUAGUACUGGUCCUUUUCUGGAGCAGCAAAUGGAGACACACAGGGGGUCUAAAGUAGAAGUUCGUCUCUCUGCUCAUGUAGAUCACCAAGCACUAGUCAAGUUGUUGCAAUAUGUGUACAUGGGGUAUUUACAAGCAGGUGAAGAUGUUUUGAAAAAUUUGAAAAUUUUAGCCAAGCAUUGUGACUUGCAGCCUCUACUACACAUGCUUCAUAGACGAAAUCCAAGAUAUGGUGCUCCUAUUCCUACAUUUGAUCUUACUUCGGCUCUUGGGCCAGUUGGACAUUGUUCAUCGGAUGUGCUCUUAGAACCUAACACGAUCCAACUGCUGAACUGGAGAUGCAGUUUUUGCUCAGCACCUAAUCCACAUUUCCAUGUGCAUAAAGUUAUAUUGUUUUCAAGUUGCGAUUAUUUGCGAGCGUUGUUUCAGUCAGGAAUGCAAGAAAGCAAUUCAGAAACCAUCAAAGUACCGGUUAGUUGGAACUCAUUAAUUAAACUGGUUAGCUGGUUGUAUUCUGAUGAGUUGCUGAAGCCCAGUUUUGAUUGUUUGUGGGACAAUCUGGCAGUUGAUCAGAGGCUUAAUGAAUUGCAACUGUAUGUAGAGCUUUGUUGGCUUGCUGAAUUUUGGCUCUUGGAGGACCUUCACGAACAGUGCUUCAGAGUUGUAUCAUCUGGCCUAGAGACUGAUAGAUAUCUAUCUGUUAAACUGAUCCAAUUGGCUGCUAAUUUUGCACAGUGGAAGUUGGCUGAAAUUGCUGCAACCUAUGCGGCCCCGUUGUAUCACCAACUACGCAACUCUGGUGAUCUUGAUCAACUGGAGGAGAGUUUCAUUGAAAUGGUGCGUGCUGCUUCAGUUCAACUUUCCAAGGAGGAUAUUAAUAACUGAAGUGACAUGUAAAUGUUCUCAGGCUAUCUGAAACCUAGAAACUUUCAAGGCAUUGGGCAAAAAGGUUUUGUUACGUUCUCUGAUACUGUAUGAAACCAAGCGGCUCUCGGAAGUUCGCAGUUGCAAGAGAGAUGCUCGUAGUGCAGUUAUAGCUGGUGCAUCCAUUUCAAGGAAUACCUGGUCUGACAUGGAAGGUCUGAUGCAAUUUUCACUAAAAUAUGCUUUUCUUCGAUUGAAUACAUUCGCUACCACACAGACCGUACAGUAACUGAGUUAUCCUAUUAUCUUUUACCGUUCCCCUAUAUGCUACCCGUCUAACAGCAUCUGUCUGCUCUUCGCCGGGAGUCAAAACUUGUACUGUAGUGCAUGCUUGUAGCAAUAGAUAACACAGGCAAACGACAAAUAGUUGAAACCCCGUCGCAAGCAUGCGAAACAAUGUACUCACAGCAAAUGCCUGAUGCUAAUGGGUUCCAGUUUAGGUUGCCACUUUGCAAACGAUCCUGAACCGAGCAAAGAUGGAACUAAGAGCUUUAACAAUUUCAUCCGAUCUUAGACAAAAUUAGGAACAUCAACUAUAGCAUAGAAAACGGGUAAAAUAUACUAGACCAUCCAAGUAAAUACUGUGGGGCAAAAAAAGCUUGAAAUCUCUACUGUUACAGACUUUUAACUGUGGCUUGAAUCGAACCAAACAUGGAAACUGCUGCCAAACAUUUGCCCUGCCGUCUUGAUAUCAGAACAUAGCAACAAUUUCCUUUCCACCUCCUUUAAAAUUAAAAAUAGAGGCAAAGAGGCAGAAAUCCAAGUGAACUCUGUACAUCUCUGGCUUCUACUACCCAUUACUAUAUCAAGGGUUGAACAACAGAGCAUCAAAAUAAGCUCCAAAGCAAAAACAAAUAAGAAGUCUCACUGUAAUACAGAUCCAACAUAAAAAUUCUUCAACGAUGCCUGCAUGGAUAUGGGAAAUGAAGGCCUACACUCGACUCUCUCAGGAUUACUUUGGCCUACACUCAACUCUCUCAGGAUUACUUCCUCAUGCGUCUGAAGCAAGCAGCUAUUCAACCAGGCUUACCCUUCAAAAACUUCUCUAGUAACAAAAGCCCAAUUGUUGUAGGUAACCACCCACAAAACCUCCCCCCCC